CUUUAAUGAGCCGGAUUAUAUAACAACGGCUCCCUCCAUCUAGGCAGCUUGAACAUUCCGGGAGACAAUCUCCUCACCCUUCUGCCUAAAUCCACGAUGAUUCACCUUGAACUACUCUCCCUUGGGCUGGGCAUUGCUGGGGUCACGGCAGCUCCAGCGGCUUCUGCUGCGACGCCCUUGAAAGUCAUCAGCUAUGCUCAAACUCCUAAUGGCUUCAAGAGCCCAGCUAGAGGCUGGAAUUCUUUCGCCCUACAGGCAAAUCCCAGCGCAGCUCCAGGAUUCAAGUUUGAUCAAGCACAUGUUUUGACCCAGUGCAGCGUCUUGGUCUCUACUCCCUUCAAUGGCCAGUAUGACACCUGCAGCUUGGACUCUGGCUGGUCAGUUGGCGACCACGGAGACGACUUUGGCCGCCUUAUAUACGACGACACUGUUUUCGACAUUCCUUCGCUGGCCAGCUCUCUCCAUUCUCAGGGGCUGAAGAUGGGCGUGUAUGUCGUUCCUGGAGCCUUCAUUAAUGAUGCAAAUAAGACCAUCCUCGGCACUGAGACCACUAUUGGCGAGGUCUGCACCGGAAACGAGGGCUUGGCUCGGUGCGUAUUCGAUUAUACAAGACCGGAGACGCAGGCUUGGCACAACUCUGUGGUCAACCUUUUUGCUUCGUGGGGCGUUGACUUUGUGAAGCUCGACUUCGUCACGCCAGGCUCUCCUGACAACGGCCAAAGCCUACCAACUGAUCAGAGCGGCACUGUCAUUGCAUGGCACAACGCUAUCAAGAACAAUGGCAACCAGAUCCGCCUAGACAUCUCCUGGAAACUGGAUCGCACCCAAAAAUAUUUCGAUAUCUGGAACAGCAACGCCGACUCCAUGCGAACUGAUCAGGAUCUCAACAACUCGGGAUCAACCACCUUGGUAAACUGGGGCAUCGUUCAGCGCGCUAUUGAGAACUACCGCCAAUGGAUCAUUGCUGGCCUGCAGUUCUUUGACGAGUUGAACAUCUACCCGGACCUGGACAACCUGUUUUCCGGGAACCCAGAGAACAUCUCCGGCCUUAGCAACGGCCAGCGCACUACUGUUUUUACUCACUGGAUUGGAGCCGGCGCCAACCUCAUCAUUGGCAAUGACAUGACCACGCUGGAUGACUUUGGAAAGAGUCUCCUCACCAACUCUCAGGCACUCGAGGUUGCUGAUUUCACUGCUCAAUUCCCGAUGCAGCCCCGGAAUCCCGGCUCGGGAGGUCAAAAUGCGGCUCAGCUCCAGGCUUGGAUUGCAGGCCCAUCUCCGUCUGGCGAGGCUGUUGUUGUUCUUGUGAACCUUGGUCCAGACAAUGGCCAAGGCGGCUUCAAUACGCAAACCAGUGGUGUUCAGACAGUGACGGCUACUUGGGAUGAUUUGGGCAUAUCUGGACAGUUCAACGUCCAGGAUAUUUGGAACAAUAAGAGCUUGGGAACUGUAAGCGACCAAGUUUCUGCGCAACUGGACGAAGGCGAAAGUGUGAUGCUACACUUAACUUCGGCGUGAAGAGCUGAGGCCGCCUGGAGACAUAGAAUGGGGCAUUAGCACAAAAAUGUUGGCUUUUAAUCACGUACAUAUCUUUGCCAUAGAAGAACUUGGCCUUUAUUCUUAU